GAACUUUUUGCCACUCGCUCGCGAUCAGUCGUAGUGAAAGGGGACAGACAAUCACAUCACGUUCCAUACUGGUUCGUUUUAUUGUGUUUUGCCGUUUGUUUGAUCACAGAUCUGACCGUGGAUUUUUACCGCAGUAAUCGUGCACCGCAAGUGAAACAUUGCCGAUUUUUGUUUUGUUUUUUUUUUGUUCAGCGCGUGGUAGAAGAUGUUUUCAUCCUUGAGUUCAUACAUAUGGAGCACUCCGGAGAGUGGAAGUCCCUUGGAGGAGAUAAAUUUUACUAUCAAUGGCAAGGUAUACAAAGCAAAUUCCAAAACCGUGCCGAUUGACACCUCACUGAACACGUUUAUCCGCAACCAUGCGCACCUCACCGGGACAAAGUUCAUGUGUCUCGAAGGUGGCUGUGGAGCAUGCAUCGUCAACAUGAAUGGCGUCCACCCGGUGACCAAGGAGAAAACUUCAUGGGCUGUUAAUUCUUGUUUGCUACCGGUGUUCGCCUGUCAUGGACUGGAUGUGCUCACCAUCGAAGGCAUCGGGAAUAAGAAAGAAGGUUACCAUCCAGCUCAGCAACGACUGGCUCACUUUAACGGUACUCAGUGUGGAUAUUGUUCACCGGGAAUAGUUAUGAACAUGUACAGUUUGCUCGAAUCCAAGAAAGGUCAGGUAUCGAUGGAAGAGAUUGAAAAUUCCUUUGGAGGUAACAUUUGUCGCUGUACUGGCUAUCGGCCUAUCCUGGAUGCUUUCAAGUCGUUGGCUGUUGAUGCUGAUAAGGACCUGCUGGAAGCGUGCAGAGAUAUUGAAGACCUAACAAAGACGUGUCCAAAAACAGGAUCACCAUGUGCUGGAAAAUGUUCUGCUAUCGAGAAAACAAACACACAACAACCAAUUCGGAUGGUCUUCGAAAACGACUCCGAGUGGUAUAAAGUAUACAAUUCAAACGACAUUUUCGCCAUUUUUGAUAAAAUUGGAGCUAAACCCUACAUGUUGGUAGCAGGAAACACAGCACACGGAGUCUACCGCCGAAGCGAAAACCUCCAAGUUUUCAUCGACAUCAGCUCCGUUGGCGAAUUACACUCCCAUUCGCUGGGAAAUGAGCUGAUUGUGGGUGGAAAUGUUACGUUAACCGAGUUCAUGGAUAUUCUGACGGACGCAUCCAACAAAAAUGACAAAUUCAGCUACUGUAAGGAACUGGUCAAGCAUAUCGAUUUGAUCGCAAAUGUUCCCGUUCGUAACGCGGGAACUAUUGCCGGAAAUUUAAGCAUCAAAAAUCAACAUCACGAGUUUCCGUCCGACAUUUACCUGAUUCUGGAGGCAGCUGGGGCAACAUUAACCAUUGCUGAAUCUGGAGGAAAAAUAUCCACUUGCAGACUGUUGAUGUUCGUCCAAAUGAAUAUGAACAAAAAAAUUAUCAAAAGCGUAACUUUACCAGCGCUGGACCCGUCGGUGAACUUUUUCAGAUCGUACAAAAUCAUGCCUAGAGCUCAAAAUGCCCACGCGUAUGUGAAUGGUGCGUUCCUCUUAACACUAAACAGCAGCAAAAAUUGCGUGGAAAGGGCCCGAAUUUGUCUCGGCGGAAUCAAUCCAAACUUUACCCAUGCCAAAAACACAGAAAAGUUACUGGUUGAUAAAAAUCCCUUUGAAAACAGCAUUCUUCAAUCCGCCUGCAAUACUCUAUCCGCUGAGUUAGAUCCAGAUUGGAUCCUGCCUGAUGCUUCUAGCGAGUACCGUAAAAACCUGGCCGUUUCAUUAUUCUACAAAUUCAUUCUUUGCAUUGCUCCGCAAGGACAAGUUAAUCUUAAACCAGAGUACAAAUCUGGCGGUACAGUUAUGGAAAGACCCCUGUCAUCCGGGAAGCAAACCUUCGACACCCACCAAAAUAAUUGGCCAUUGACGAAGAACAUUCCCAAAAUUGAGGCAUUGGCCCAGACAACCGGCGAAGCAAAAUUCUCCAACGAUCUUCCGCCACAGCCCGGAGAGUUGUAUGCAGCGUUCGUGCUGGCGACACAGGCUAACUCAAGAAUCGCCAAAAUAGAUCCUUCGAAUGCAUUGAAAAUGCCAGGCGUAGUUGGUUUGUUCUCCGCGAAGGACAUACCAGGAGUAAACAACUUUAUGUCAGCUGGCUUGGGUAACCAGGAUGUAGAGGAAAUCCUGUGCAGCGGACAGGUCCGAUUUCACGGGCAACCCGCCGGUGUGAUCGUUGCCGAAACGUUUAACCUUGCUCAGAAGGCAGCAAAUGAGGUCAACAUCACGUAUGAAAAAACGUCUGAUAAAUCGAUUUACCCUACCUUAAAAUCGAUUAUGAACGUCGAUGCCCACGAUCGCUUUUUCGAUGUUUCAUUCGACAAGAGAGGCAAGAGUUACAGAGUCGCUCCGACAGCAACUGCAAUCAAGACCAUUAAGGGACGCUUCGAAAUUGCCGGUCAGUAUCACUUCACUAUGGAAACACAAACCUGCGUUUGUGUGCCGAUCGAGGAUGGGAUGGACGUCUAUUCAUCCACUCAAUGGAUGGAUCUCACCCAAGUAGCUAUUGCCGAAUCGUUGAAACUUCCUCAGAAUAGUUUAAAUCUCCACGUUCGAAGACUGGGCGGUGGAUACGGAGCGAAAAUUUCUAGGGCUACACAAGUGGCGUGCGCCUGUGCUUUGGCAGCACACCUGACGCAUCGCCCUGUCCGGUUCGUUUUGAAAAUAGAAGAGAAUAUGAGAGCCAUCGGAAAGCGUUACGGCUGUAUUAGCGAUUAUGAAGUCGACGUCGAAAAAACUGGUAAAAUAACAAAAAUGAACAAUCAUUAUGCUCAGGAUUACGGAGUUUCAUUGAACGAAUCAGUACAAGGUGCUACAACGGAGUUUUUCAAAAACUGCUACGACGCCAAAACGUGGAAAACUGUUGGAAAAGCGGUUCGAACGGACGCACCUAGUAACACUUGGUGCCGAGCACCCGGGACAACGGAGGGGGUAGCGAUGAUCGAAAACAUUAUGGAACACAUCGCCCAUGAAAUGGGGCUUGAUCCGCUUGAAGUUCGCAUGGCUAACAUGACGAGCGAUAAUAAGAUGCAACAGUUGAUGCCCCAAUUUCGGAAAGAUGUACAGUUCGACGAGCGCAAACGCGUUAUCGACGAAUUCAAUGCUAGCAAUCGUUGGAAGAAGCGUGGCAUCGCAAUAGUUCCAAUGCAAUACUUGUUGGAUUACUUUGGACAACUUAACGCAAUCGUUUCAAUUUACGCUGGAGACGGUACCGUAUCGGUCACACACGGGGGAAUCGAAAUGGGACAAGGUAUGAACACUAAAGUGGCACAGGUGACGGCGUUUGCUUUGGGUAUUGGCUUGGAGAAGGUCAGCGUGAAACCGUCAACCAGUUUGACCUCACCUAAUGCCAUCGUUACGGGAGGGAGUAUGACCAGUGAAGCUGUUUGCUAUGCAGUGAAAAAGGCAUGCGAUAUGUUACUGGACCGGAUGAAGCCCGUUCGCGAAGCCAAUCAUGACGCUCCAUGGGAGAUGAUCGUGAAACUGUCCUACGUGAAAAACAUUGAUCUCUGCGCUGAAGCUCAAUAUAAGGCGGAAGACCUGAAAUCAUACUACAUCUGGGGUCUCAGCUGUGCCGAAGUCGAAACUGACAUCCUGACUGGGAAUGUACAAGUCAAACGGGUUGAUAUUCUGGAGGACACCGGUGAAAGUAUGAGCCCUGGAAUCGAUGUUGGGCAGAUCGAGGGAGCUUUUGUGAUGGGUAUUGGAUACUAUUUGACAGAAGCACUGGUGUAUGAUAACGAAAGUGGUGCUUUACUAACCGACCGUACCUGGACGUAUAAACCCCCGGGAGCAAAAGACAUACCAAUCGAUUUUCGCAUAAAUUUUCUUCAGAAAAGUGCUAAUCCAGCGGGUGUGCUACGCUCAAAGGCUACAGGCGAGCCGGCUUUGAACAUGGCCAUUGUAGUUUUGUUUGCCCUGCGUGACGCCCUACGGUCAGCUAGAAAAGACGCCGGUCUACCAGAUGAAUGGAUACCGCUGGGUACGCCCACAACUCCUGAUCAGGUUUAUCUGCUGGCAGGUAAUAAAAUCGAACAGUAUCUGUUAAACUGAUGUGAUAUAAUGCAUAUAUCGUCAUAAUUUUAAUUUUCCAUUAUGGUGCUGGAUAACUGCUAAUAUGCAAUAAACAACGUUUUG